AUGCGGUAAAAUCAAUGUAAUCUUUCAUCUAUAUUUUCCCUGAGAAACUGUACUAUACUAUAGGGUAGAAACUAGAGCUACGGCCCUGUAUGCUCUGACCAUGCUCCUGAAUGGCCACCUCUAACUGUGAAUAAUUCAGAAAAUAAUGUUCUGAGGAAACAUUGUAAAAGGAAGUUCCACUUCAAAAUUCCACCCUCUUCAUCCUUUAAUGUAUAAAUUAUAUUGCAACUAUUCUUUGCAGUUUACUUUCUGCAUUAUCCGUUUUCUAGUGAAAAAUAACGACAAGACUCACAUAUUUUAUCCUCGAUAAAUAGUUCCAAGUAUUUUACUAAAACUAAAAGAUCGAACAUGUGAACGUUAUGUCAGCUAAAAGACAUAGCGUGUCUAAAUUCCCAAAUAAGUCCAGUCGAAAGUUACGAAACACCCUGUAUAAUGACGCACACAAGCAACAGAUAUACAGGCGAAGAGUAGUGGUUUCGACCCAGGAAACGCUAGCGGGGCAAAGGGAGAGCCCAAUACCCGUGCGGCUAGCACGGCUACCAAUCGUUGCACUUCGCGAUAUUCAGUCUCAGUGUGCGGAUCGCCGUACCGCUUGUCAUUUCCACGUUCACUCGUUCAGUUAAAUCCUCGAGCGGUUUUCAAAAUUUCAUUUCGUUUUGCAUUAUCAACGCGUGAACGUGCGAAAGAACAAUGUCGGUCGUCUACAGAAAUGCGAUGAACACCAUCGGCAAGUUAGUGCCUGAGAAGCUACAGCCACUGUGGAAUCACCCUGCUGGUCCGCAGACUAUAUUCUUCUGGGCACCAGCUUUUAAAUGGGGACUUGUAAUAGCUGGCCUCAGUGAUCUGCAGAGGCCAGCGAAUCAGCUCUCCGUUAGUCAAUCGUCUGCCCUGGGCGUUACUGGCUUGAUCUGGACCAGGUAUUCCUUAGCGAUCACCCCGAAAAAUUGGAGCCUCUUCAGCGUCAACCUCUUCGUAGCGUUGACAUCUUUGUAUCAAGUUGGUCGCGCGAUAAUGUAUCAACGCGAACAGGAGGCUUUGAAGGCAGCAGCAGCAAAAGCGAAAUAGUGAUAGUAUUUAAAUAAUACACAUUCCUAGGGGUGAAGACACGUAUAUGUAUAUACAUAGGAAUAUUAGGAAUAUUUUAUUGACUUGCGACACGCGGUUAAAUACCAUUACGUAAUUGCGAACGAAAACAGCCAUAAAACGACGCAAGUUCAUAAUCGUCAUUGAACAUGAACUUCCAGUAAAUGUGAAAGUUCCGUAGUACUAUUGUAAAUAUUUCAGUUCAAGUAAAUGUACAUUGUUUAUAGUAGAAACGCAUCAGACGCGGGCAAUCAUAUCAUCGGACAAGAUAAGCGAUCACGAAAUUAGAAACAAAAAUCGGUAUAAAGACGUUAUCGAGUACCAAUACUUGGAAUACUUCUGAUAUCAAAAAUAAAAUCACUCAUCAAUAUUUAACAAGCUUAAAAUAUCAGUAUGCCAAAAAUAGAACAGUAAAGUUCAUUAAUAUUAAGAAAAUUUUGAGAACACCAAAGGACACCAAUACCAUGAAUAAUCUGAAUCUUUGAGACACAAACUAUUCGUGGUAAGCUGUGAUAUCGAACGUAAGGUGCUGUUCGUAUCCUUAUUCCGCUAGAAAUGUAUAAAUUCUAAAUCCUAGACUAAGUACAAAUGUACCAAACAGAAUAUUUAUAUAGCACGAUUCCGAAAGUCAGUACAACAUUCGUUAGCACAUACGAUCAACUGGAACACCGAUUGAUAGUACAUCACUCUGUAGGAGUAACACGUUAGUUUUAAAUACAAUUAUUUACGUACAAAUCUACCUCCAAAUAAUGACGUACAAUGUUCAUUUUAACGAUUCGCAACACUGAUGCUGAAGAACUCGAAGAAGUAGAAAAUGUACAAAUUGUAUACAGAGUUCGAUAAUGUUCUAACUGCCUUGUAUAGAUUUAAUAAAGUAAUAUAUUUUUCUAA